ACCUCAUAACGUAGCUUUGCGUGGCACGGGCGUCAAAAAAAUGGCGGAGGUAGAUUUUGGCGACAGCGAACUGUUCGAACAACUUGAUGACAAUGCACCGUGUCUCCCGCAGCACAUUCACUUCACCGACAAUGAUGAAGACGUGCAGACGACCCAGCUUCGAAGCAGACUGGAGGAGUGCGAAGACACCAUUGAGAGGCUCACCGAGGAGAAUAAAAUGUUACGUCGGAAAUUAAACAUCCUGACGCGGCCAAGUGGCAUCACAGUCGAAGAUGUAAACAUUGACGGGCCACUGCUUCAGAUCCUUUAUACAAAUAACAUCAUUUCAAAGCAAUGUCGUCAAGAAAUUGAAGACUGCGUUUGUAAGAUGAUUUCAAAGCAUCAGAUCCCAGGCAAUGAAAAGUCAUCUUUGUAUCACACAAAGCCACAGAAUUCAGCUUUUUCACUGGAAGAAGACCCACAGAAAAGUUCUGCCAGCAGUGUGAAAACAACAACAGAGGCCUUUAAAGUGGUUGGAAGUGUUUUAUAUUUCACUUCUUUCAGUGUGGACAAACUUGGCCAACCUAUUGUGAACGACAACCCCCAGCUGACUGACGGAUGGGAUGUUCCUACUUACCAACAGGUUUUCAACCAAGUAAUUGGCACUGAUGGGCUGGAAAUAGAAAUGAAAGACAAAAGAUCCAAGUCUAUGUGUUUUAACUGUGGCUCCAGCGCUCAUCAACUAAGAGACUGUCCCAAGCCCAAAGAUUUUGCAGCCAUUAGUGAAAGAAGAAAGGAGUUUAAUCAGAGCAAUAACCAGGCCAUGCAGACUAACCAGCGAUACCAUGCAGAUGAAGUAGAGGAGCGAUUCGCCAAAUACAAGCCUGGAGUCAUGAGUGAGGAGCUAUUGUCAGCACUUGGAAUUGACAACAACAGUCUUCCUCCUCUGAUUUACCGCAUGAGGCAGCUUGGAUACCCACCAGGGUGGCUUAAAGAGGCAGAGAUGGAAAACUCUGGUUUAUCUCUGUAUGAUGGAAACGUUUCAGCUGAGACCAGUGGAAAAGACCAAAUUCUCUCUUAUGAUGUUUCCAAACUGGUGGAUUUCCCAGGUUUCAAUGUACCUGCACCACACCGAAUGAGAGAUGAGUUCAAGCAGUACGGUUCAAUUCCAAUGCAGAAUGUCCACAUGAAGACUAAUUAUGCAGCUUACCUGUCCAAUAGCUUUCCUGUGCCUGAUGCCACCUGCAACAAAAGGCAGCAACAAUUUGAUUCAUCUCCUCAGCAGAGGAAGAAAAGAAAAAGUAGUCCAAAUCGCACUUUGGACAGCUCAGACAUGGACAUUGAAUCAGACCCUGAAGAGCCUUACCAUCAUCCUGGUGACUUUCAGUUUCAAACUCCAUUGCCUCCUGGUUCUCCUUGCUUCAGUACACCCCCUCCUUUACCCCAGGGCACUCCCCCUGCUACACCUACUCCCCCUCCUCUUCCUAAGGGUACACCUCCACCAACACCAACCAACGGGUCACCAGCUCUGCGAGGCAAGAAGUGGACAGCAAGGGAAGGGACAGAGGAGGGCAUGGAGGAUGAACUGACUCUGGAGGAACUGGAGGAGCAACAGAGAAUCAUCUGGGCUGCUCUAGAAAAUGCUGACACCGCCACCAACAGUGACUGUGAAACACCUGCCUUUGGAACACCUGCACCCAAUUCCCCUAAUGUCUCCACCCCUAGUCACACAGCCACAGAGACGGGAGAAGUUGAGGUAGCAGUUGGUCCACCAGGAGCUACAGAGUCUUCCCAUAGCAGUGAAUUUGAAGAUGAACCAGGAGUUCAAAAGAUUUCCACCCAAAAGUUGGAAUCCAUCAAAUCUGAGAAUGCAGGUCCUGAAAGCCCAGAGCCUUUGAAAUCUCGAGCUGAUUCUCCCCAAGGUCCUGGUUCAGUGAAAUCCCAGGAGGACAGUCUCCAAAGUCCUGGUCCAGUGAAAUCCCAGGAGGACAGUCCCCAAAGUCCCGGUCCAGUGAAAUCCCAGGAGGACAGUCUCCAAAGUCCUGGUCCAGUGAAAUCCCAGGAGGACAGUCCCCAAAGUCCUGGUCCAGUGAAAUCCCAGGAGGACAGUCCCCAAAGUCCCGGUCCAGUGAAGUCCCAGGAGGACAGUCCCCAAAGUCCUGAUCCAGCUUUAACUCCUAUGGAAGAUGGUGCUUCAGCUAAGCAUGUGGAGAAAGUAGCAAAAGUACCCCACAGGAGCAAAUUUGCAUCUGGUAUUGUUCCAUUUGAAGAUACACCUGAGUUCACUGAACUAGCUGAAGCUACAGGAACUUACCUUAAGAUUAGGGACUUGCUUAAAAGUUCCCCAAGAAGUUUGAUAAAGAAAAAAUAAGUUUCCAUUAAGAUCCAAGUGUGCUGACUUUUUUUUUAAUAUUAAAGUUUCUUUUAUUUUUUUGAAUUUUUGUUUUAUUUUAUUUUAUAUUCAUGAAAUCAUCAUGAGGGAAAUUCCUUUGGUAAUACAGCAUAAAAAAGGACCACUUUAGUUUUUGUAGCAGAUGUGUUACUCGUUUCAAUUUUUUGUAAAAAUUGAGUAGACACAAAAAUGACCUUAGAUGUUGAUAAGAUGGUUGUUUUCCUGAUUUUGUCUUCUGCUGUUCAGACAUUAGUAAAAACAUGCUUUUACUUUGCGUUACUGCUUUAUUUUUGUGCAUACACACACAAACACGUGAAUGGGAAUUGUAUUAUUAGACAUUGUAGAAAAAAACACAUUUAGAAAUGUUCUGCAUCCCUGUUUUUCAUAAUAAAACACCUGAAUCUCC